AUGGGUGCCAUCGACGUUAUUCGGGGUCGAGAUGAAAAUGGCCGCAUGUCGAAGCCUUUUUUCCCACCAGCUUAUGAAGAUUCCAUUGAACAAGAUACACCUACAAAUGAGAUUUCGGAUGCCCCAUCGGGUGAGGAUUCUCUCGACUGGCACGAUGAAAAAGAAGUCCAGGCACACCCGGACCAGAUCAAUUCGAAUGCCGAUCUUGGUCUGCAAAAGGCUGAAGCUGCUGCUCUGGUCUACACCAGGAAGGUUGUCUUCGGAAUUUAUGGCUGGAUCUGGGUGUGCUAUUUCAUGUUGGCCUUCCACCAAACCAUGUUGACGAAUCUGUCGCAAUAUGUGUUAGGUACAUUUAGUGCCGCGCCACAGGUUACCACGGCCUAUAUCACUUCGGCCAUCGUGGGAGGUGUGUUGAAGCUGCCGCUGGGAAAGACCCUGAAUUUGUGGGGCCGCGCGGAAGGUCUGUUCGUCUCGGUUGUGAUCUAUGUGGUGGGCAUGAUCAUCUUGGCCGCAUGCAAUGGUCCCAACUCUUUCGCCGCUGGCUAUACUCUUUACUGGGUGGGAUAUUACUUCAUAUAUCUCAUUUUAGAGAUUUUCAUAGCCGAUACCACAGGGUUGCGCAACCGAGCUUGGGCCUUUGCCUUCUCCACAACCCCGUUUAUCUGUACCGCUUUUACGGCUCCAUUGGCAGUGACCUCUUUCAUUGAGACAUCUGGAUGGCGCUGGGGAUUCGGUGUCUUUGCUAUUGUGCAACCGUUCGUCUUCAUUCCUCUGUGUGGUGUCUUUAAGAUAUACGAGAAGAAAGCCGAGCGUCUGGGGGUCUUUAAGAGGGAACCAAGUGGCCGGACCACUUUCCAAUCCAUCAUUCACUAUAUCCACGAGUUUGAUGUGAUUGGAGCUUUCAUCAUCAUGGCUGCAUUUAUUCUGUUUUUGCUGCCAUUCAGCUUGACAUCUUACGGCCUCGCCGAAUACUCCAGCGCCAAAUUCAUUGCAAUGAUUGUGGUUGGAUUUGUCCUCUUCUUCGCUUUCGCCGCCUGGGAGAAAUUCUUCGCUCGCAAGCAUUUCAUUCGGUGGGAGAUCUUCAAGAAUCGCUCUAUCGCCGGUGCUUGUCUGCUUAGCCUCGUUCUAUUUUUCAACUUCGAUCUUUGGGACACAUAUUUCCAAGCAUUCUUACUCGUUGUGUACGAUCUAGGCUACACAAAGGCUGGUUAUUUGAUGCAGACCUACAACGUCGGCUCCUGCUUCUGGUCAGUGGUGAUGGGACUGUACAUUUACAAGACCAAGCACUUCAAGUGGGCUUGUCUAUGCUUCGGCCUACCGCUCAUGAUGCUCGGCUCGGGUCUAAUGAUUUACUUCCGUGGUGCGGAUCAAAGCAUCGGGUAUAUUGUGAUGUGCCAAAUUUUCAUUGCAUUUGCUGGUGGUACCCUGGUCAUUGGCAAUGACAUGGCUGCCAUGGCUGGCGGUGAUCGUGAAGGCAUCCCACUUGCCCUUUCGCUGAUCAGCCUGUUCAACAAUGUGGGGAGCUCGAUCGGUUAUGCAGUCUGUGCUGCUAUCUACAAUAACACCUAUCUUGGGGCCCUUCGCAGUCGGCUUCCUUCGGAUGAGCAGGCAAAUGCUCUUGAGAUCUUCCAGGGCUCCUUUGUGACUCAAUUGAAAUACCCGGUGGGAUCUCCAGUUCGCGAGGCCGCUGCCUAUGCCUGGGGCUAUUCGCAGCGAAUGAACUGCAUCGCCUCCACCUGUAUCCUGGUUCUGGGUAUUCCAGCCAUUCUCUUGUGGAAGAACUUCAACGUCGACAAGAAGCAGGUCAAGGGUACUGUGAUCUAG